UAGUUUGAAUCUCGCGUACCUUUGGCAUUAUUGUUUGGGCCACAUUAACGAGAAAUGCAAAUCUAAGUUACAUCGCUCAUGUGUACUUGAUUCAUUUGACUUCCAGUCAUAUGUUGUAUGUAAAUCUUGUUUACUUGGCAAAAUGACAAAGGCUCCAUUCACCGGUCACAGUGAAAGGGCGAGUGACUUAUUAGGCCUCAUACACUCCGAUGCGUGUGGUCCAGUUAGCGUUGUAGCUAGAGGUGGUUAUUCUUACUUCGUUACAUUUAAUAACGACCUUAGUAGAUAUGGAUAUGUGUAUCUCAUGAAACACAAAUCGGAAUACUUUGACAAAUUCAAAGAAUUCUUAUACUCCCAGUCCUACGGGGGUAGGACGCACUUGGUCUGUGGGUUCGUGAUUACUUUUCUCUUUCGCUCCCUCGUGGGGAAUGCACCCAUCCCACGGCCUGUGCAGUUGAUGAGGGAUUUAGAUGUCGGCAUGCUCCGGAAUGCUCACAUCCACUGGAGACUCUUUCCUAGCUCUUUUGAGAGCACUACGGCCUCUACUGGCCGCACUUCACAUGAGAUUGGAGAGUCAUCCGAUCAGUCACAAAGAUCGUCUCAGCGCCUUCCUCGUCGACGACCUACCAGAGCACAGUUGCCUCGCACACAGACGGAGGUAGCACCGGCGUGGGCCCAGCAGCUCUUGCAGAACCAGAACACACUUAUGCAGUCCGUUGCGGCACUCCAGCAGCAGGAGCAUGGUUUUGACAAGAUACGUGAGGCAUUGGGUUUCGAAAACCCGACAAACCUCCCUCCGCAUCAGCAGCAGCCCAGAGAUGACAAUCCCUCCGCCUCCCGGCCUCCACAGUGAUCUCCUACUUUCUCCAGAACUUUUUAUCUUAUUUGAGCCGGAAUUGAUGACUUGACUCGUUUAUUUGGAUUCCUGUUUGACUUCUUCUGAAACCCACCAUAGAUCUCGAUCUCGAGACAGGAGAGCGCGAACAAAAUGGAGGCGGGAGUUUCUCUCUCUAGGGUUGCUGGAAUGCUGGUGCCGCUCCACCCCUUUUGAUUCCAUCUUUGAAUCUGAGACUCUUUUCUUGGAAUUUUUGGAUAUCUAGCGACCAAUUGAGGACUGAAUCACUGCAUUUA